UUAUAUAUUACUAAAUAUGUACAGUUUAUUAAUAAACGGAAAAAAUACCAUCUAAUUUACAAUUUCAAAGUGUACUAAGUUAAGAACCGUAGAUUUUUAAAUACCGUUAAAUUUAUAUAUGCUACCUCGAAUCUCAGAAUAAAUAAUAAGUGCCUCCUUUUUGAUACUUAAAAAUAUUGCCAAUAAUUAUUUAUAACCCAACAAAGGUCAAAGAUCUUAACCAAAAAUUAAAUUUGUACCUUGUACCUAUGAAUCAUUAUAAACGGUGAAUCAUUUAAUUUCUGAACGUUGAUAUUUAUACAUAUUAUCUAUGUUUAUACUGAUACUGUGAUUAUAUAGGUUCGUUCCUAUAAAAUUAUCUGGGCCAAAACACUUUUAAAGUUUUUUUUUAACUCUUUCCUAUACACUUAGUUCGAAAGAGAUAACCAACAAGUGUAAUAAACGUUGUGAUCAAGAUUAUGCGUGCUACGGAAUUUGUACGGCUAACGUCACACGAAUUGACGAUUUGACGUAAAUGUCAUGGCUGUCAAGUGUGAAAUGUGCCUGUGGUGCAUGUUUUCUCUUUUACAAAUUUACUUGUUGAUUUUACAAUAAAAUUAAAGAGAAAUAAGUGAUUCGUCCCGUCGGUCGUUCGGAAAAAACUAUGUUAUAGUGUAGUGAAUGCAGAAGCCGCUCUGGACUGAUCAUCUUCGUAAGAGGAGCGCGGAUUGUUCAGCAGGCGUGGACACCGUGAGCGGCGAUGGAGGACGAGGUGACGUUCCUGUUCCAGCUGGGCGUGCUGCGUGACGCGGUCUCCGCGCCCGCACACCUCCUCACGCUCUCGCACCUCAAGGAGCUCGCCGUCAAGUUCGUGCACGACAAGAUCCCAGACAACGGUCUGAACCGCCUGCCGGAGCGCAUCCUGCUGUUCCGGCACGACUACUGCUCGCCCAACGUGCUGCAGCUGAUCAACUGCGCCACCGACGUCACCGACGAGACCCUCGUCGAGAUCGUGCUCACCGCCAACCCUUUGCUAUGCGAGGGCAUGCUGGAGGCGCCGCCGCCGCGGCCGCACGCCCUCGCGGUGCACUCGUACAAGGCGCCCACCUUCUGCGACUUCUGUGGCGAGAUGCUGUUCGGACUCGUGCGCCAGGGGCUCAAGUGUGAAGGAUGCGGUCAGAAUUACCACAAGCGGUGCGCAGUAAAGGUGCCGUCGAACUGCACGGCGCCGCCGCCGCCGGCGCUGGUGGCGGCCGCGGGGGGAGGCGGCCGGCGGCAGUCGGCCUCGCCGCGCAGCCCGUCGCGCUCGUCCACGCACAGCCACGCCUCGCACGACGACUCCCUGCUGAGCGGCAGCACGGGCAAGCGCAGCCGGUCGCCGUCGGGUGCGACAGGCUGGGCGGCGCCGCCGGCCGCCGGGCUCGGCAUCCCGCACACGUUCGAGGUGCACUCGUACACGCGGCCCACCGUGUGCCGCCACUGCAAGCGCCUGCUGCGCGGCCUCUUCAAGCAGGGCCUGCAGUGCCGCGACUGCCACUACAACGCGCACAGGAAGUGCCUGCAGUUCGUGCCCAAGGACUGCGGCGGCGAGAUCAGGGAUUCGCACGGUGAGUUCCAAGACAACAGCAGUGGCGAGAUAGAAAAUGCGCGGCUUCCCGACGACGAGUCUGAUGACGGCGGGGACAACGCGUCCAGUGCACCAGACGAUGAGGUGCAGAUGCGGGCUCGGCGCGAGUCGGAGUGCGAGGCGCCGCAACGCGACACGCUGCCCGCCGCCAGCCGCCCCAGCAGCUCGUCGUCCUCCCCAAGCGCCAACAUACCGCUGAUGAGGAUCGUGCAGUCGGUGAAACACACGAAGAAACGCGAGGGACAAUGGCUGAAGGAGGGCUGGCUGGUACAUUUUACUAAUAAGGACAAAACUAUCAAACGGCACUACUGGAGGCUGGACAGCAAGUCCAUCACACUGUUCCAGUCGGAGCAUGGCUCCAAGUACUACAAGGAGAUCCCACUCAACGAGAUCCUCGCAGUCGAUACCGCGAGGCAACCGCACUCUGACGUGAUGCACUGCUUCGAGCUGCGCACGGCGAACGUGGACUACAUGGUGGGCGUGGACCCGGGCUGGCAGGGCGUGCCGCCGCCGCUGCCGCCGCCCGACUCGGGCGUGGGCGCGUACCUGGCGCGGUCGUGGGAGACGGCCGUGCGGCACGCGCUGCUGCCCGUGACGCAGGCGGCGGCGGGCGCGGCCGGCGCGGCCGACGCGGCCGGCGCGGCCGACGCGGACGGCGGCGCGGCCGGCGCGGGCGCGGCCGGCGAGCGCCGCGCCACCGACAUGGCGCAGGUGUACCAGAUCUACCCGGACGAGGUGCUGGGCUCGGGCCAGUUCGGCAUCGUCUACGGCGGCCUGCACCGCCGCACGCAGCGCCCCGUCGCCAUCAAGGUGAUAGACAAGCUCCGCUUCCCGACCAAGCAAGAAGCCCAACUCAAGAACGAGGUAGCAAUCCUCCAGAACCUCUCACAUCCGGGAGUCGUGGACCUGGAACGCAUGUUUGAGACGCCGGAAAGAAUCUUCGUAGUAAUGGAGAAACUUAAGGGUGAUAUGCUGGAAAUGAUUCUAUCGCACGAAAAGGGACGGCUGACGGAGAGAAUCACAAAAUUCUUAGUUGCACAGAUCCUAGUGGCGCUGAAACACCUGCAUGAGAAGAACAUAGUGCACUGCGACCUGAAGCCAGAGAACGUCCUGCUAUCCACCGACGAGGAGUUCCCGCAGGUGAAACUCUGCGACUUCGGUUUCGCCAGGAUCAUCGGCGAGAAGUCGUUCAGACGCUCCGUCGUCGGCACGCCCGCCUACUUGGCGCCGGAGGUACUGCGCAACAAGGGCUACAACCGCUCGCUGGACAUGUGGUCGGUGGGGGUGAUCGUGUACGUGUCGCUGUCCGGCACCUUCCCCUUCAACGAGGACGAGGACAUCAACGAGCAGAUACAGAACGCCGCCUUCAUGUACCCGCCCACGCCAUGGCGCGAGAUCUCAUCAGAAGCUAUCGACCUAAUCAACAACCUACUGCAAGUGAAGCAGCGCAAGCGGCUGUCGGUGGACAAGUCGGUGGCGCACGCGUGGCUGCAGACGCGCGAGGCCUGGCUCGACCUGCGCGCGCUCGAGCACCGCGUCGGCACGCGCUACCUCACGCAUCCCAGCGACGACGCACGCUGGGCCGCCGCCAGCGACCGCUGACCAUCGAAAACGAAGCCUCCGGACGAGGCUCACAGAGCUCCACAGCCGAGGAAGGGCAUUCGGCUUCGGUGGAAAAAGCUCCUCGUCAGAGUGAGGUAGGCGCCUGCCGUGCGUAGUGCAAGGACCUUGUGGAAGAUUUGCCGCAUUUGUUUUACUUCUGUGAGAAGUAAGAGAGAAGUAGCUUUACGUUAUUGUUGUAUUAUUUUUAUACAAAGUUACCUCGGUGCAUCGGGUCGCCUUUGAAUCUCUCGGCAUGCUUAAGAAGCACUGCCAGUAGUAAUUAUUUGCCAAAUAAAUUUAAAUUUAAAAAUGGAACCGGAAGUAUCAUACUGUGUAUACUUUUUAUAUGACUUAUUAUAUUAUACUUUUUAAAUGUCUACUGAUAUUAUUAUGUUUUUUAUAUAUAGAAUAAGAUAAAUAGUAAUGGGGUUUAAUUUAAAAUCUCGUGACAACAGCAAUGUUACUUUUAUAUAAUUUUAUCGAUAUGACAUAUUACGCUUGGUGCGUUCCGUCUAGUUUGUAAUCAACCAUCGCCGACUUUGACUAUGUUUUGACGUGUAGUACUUAAUUGUCCGUUUGUAUGUAUGUAGAUAAUUUUGUGCGGUUGAAGUCGUUAAUUAAUUAUUAUGACCUCAUAUAACAUAUGAUAUGUGGUCAAUCCGUGAUAAUCCUGAUGGACAAUCCGUGUCAAUUUUCAUGCAUAUGCAAAGUAAACGACUGAGGGCGAUACAAAGGCGGCCCGGCGUAUCCAUACGGUUGUUACUGUAAUCCAACCACUGCAUUCCUACACUCGUAGCUAUUUUCGACGACUUUAGAGUAUUUUUAUAUGAAUUAUUUUUUUUUUUUUUUUUUAUUAAUUUAUUUACACGGGAUUUUAAUGUUUAGAUUAAGUUAUUAACUUAUACUAAGUACCUAAUAAUUUUAUUUUGUUGUGAACAAAAUGUAUGACAGGUGAAUGGAGUGUUACGCGAGCGAACGAGUUAACCCUUCUUUGCAUGAUUUUUUUUAUUGGUGAAAUAAAUCAAGGUGGCAUAAUUCAUGUUCAAAAUUAAAGGAAAAAUGGUUAAAAAAAUAAAUUUGGCAGCUAUGAUUUUUUUUUAUACAAUGGACAUUAAAAAGGUAUCCAGACACGAUCAAUUUAAAGUGAACUUGUUCUUUUAUAUAAUUUUUGGGCGUUCAAUGUGAUGAUGGAAAUUUCCACCAUUAUGCAAAGAAGGGUUAAGCUAUCAACUUGUAACAAUUAUUUAAGUGAACGUCUCAAAUCGCAUUUUAUUGUAAUGUUUAUCAUGAAGAACUCUUCGCAACAAGUAUAUUUUAAACUUUGAUAUUUUUUAAUUAUUUAUUAUUAAUAUUAUAGGCAUAGUUUUAAUGUCGUUUAACAGUGGCGUCGCUUUGUUACUGACGGACAGUACCAAUUGUUAAAUGUGAUGUCAACUCAAUUUAUUAUGGCAUAAAUUAUAUAUUUACUAAAAGUAAAUGUAAAAUUUAAUAAUUAUAUAUAAAUUUUCUAGUUUCAAUGUCUGCUACGUUGAAAUAUUUGUUCACAUAGUUUUUUACUUCUCUAACAAUCUGUCACUGCGAUUGUAUUAAAGCAUUUAUUUAUUUAUAUCGAAUCACAAUGUAUCAGUUGCAAGUUUUCGUUACCGCACGCGUGAGAGGGAAUGAGGCGCCGUAUGUUGCUGUCCCGUUCUUUCUAUAUAGAUUCGUUUGCCACUCGCGUAGAAGAGGUCUCGAAUGCAAUACAAGCGACGUCACUGUAUUGACGUAGUAUAUGAAUAGCUGUUGUAACGUUAUUAUUAGAGUGGGACACGUGCAGCUGCCCUGCACGAGGCGACGCCUCCGGUUACGGCCUAAAUAGUUUAAAAUAUUAUAGAUAUAUAUACAAUUUUAGUCGAUACUUAUUGUGAGUAAGUAAUUACUGGGUGCGUUCGCGUACCGCAGUUGUAUGAGUGGUGGACGGACGGACACUGUUCACCGUCAAUGGAUAUUAUUAGGGUUCUUUUGGUAGGAGUAAAACAGAAUAUAUUUCUAAAUAAAUUAGGUAUAUUGAUUUGUAGGUAGGUAUAUUGAGACACAAGAUUAUGUAGGUACAUACAAGGCUCAUCCAGCUGUCAAGCUGUAUGGCUCAAACUUUUUAAUAUUUUCUAACCCACAUUUGUUUGUAUUAAAAAGCUGAUAAUUUACAUUUUCAAUCGACUUCAAAAAGAAGUUCGUUCUCAAUUCGGUCGUUUUGUUUUUUUUUUUUUAUGUUUGUCACCUCAUAACUCCGCCAAUUGUAAACAGAUUUGGAAAAAUCUUUUUUUACCUGAAAAAAUACACUUACAUAUUGGUCCCAUGGAAAUUUUAUUGAAUACAGUUCAAUGGUUUAUUUUUUUAAUCAAAACCACUAAUCUUCCCACGAUCGAAGUCGGCUUUUUUGUGUAACGCAAUCCUAAUUAAUUAUACUAGACUGACGAUAACUCAUAACCCCAUAAUAAAAGAAAAACCCCAUAAACUCUACAAUAAUGAUUGAACAAAGUAAGAUGGUUUUUUUUAAUGAAUGAUAAUGGAAUGGUAUCCCCGCCCGUGCUAUCGGUAUACACCGGCGGGGCACCAGUGAAGGAUGAUAAGUGAGGAUGAAUUCAACAAGAAUUGUUCACGAUGGUUUCCAGGGGGAACCACGUGGAGGUCAACCUAAUAGGGUAUAUUAUUAGCAAUAGGGCUGUCAAACUCCAUUUCUGACAAUCCCUUACCCCCCAAGUAAAAUGGGUGACCGUCCUCCCCACGAGAUCGAGUAAUAACCACGACAGAGAUACAGCUGCGCGUACGCACACACUGUGUACCGAUAGUUAUAAUUGAGCGUACACAAGAUAUUGUUAUAUAGGUAGUGUCCGUGCGUUUGUAACGUGCGGUAGUUUUUUAUAAACUUGUAAUAUUUCGCUAGAUACACGUAGACGAAAGAUGCCCUCAAUGCAGUACACGAGCCGACUGUGCCAAUACUAAUCCUGUACCCUCUAAAGUUAUAUUUUUGAAAACGAGGGUCAGCGAGCAAUUUUGUUAUAUAGCUGGGGACUGUUUAUUUAUUUACAUGACCAUAAUAACUUACGUGUAUUUUUAACUAGUGGAGAAUUCUUGGUAAAAACUUGUAUUUUUAUAUUUAAAAUUUAAUUUGAAUUACUUAACUAUUACUGUGUAAUCCGAGAUGCCAAGUUAUAAAAAAAAAAAAGGUUAGAGGUACAAAUUAACAUUUUUAUAGAUAAAUAACGCCAAGGUUUUUAUAUGUUGGUUACGAGGCCUGACUACGCUCGCCAAGAAUGAAUAUCAUUAACCCUUUGCACUAGAGCCUAAUAACUCAUAGAGGAUACUCCAGCACUGUAUUAGUUACAAGUACAUACCUGGCCCUCUAGACAAGUGGCAAGCGAAUUUCGUCGAUGGAAUCGACAUCACUAGCGAGUCCGUGAGAGUUAGAAUGAGAUAGCAACGUCGGAUGACGCAUUCCAACUCACGGAUUCGCUAGCGAUGUCGAUUCCAUCGACGAAUUCGCUCGCCGCUUAACUAGAGAGCCUGUGAUGUAAAAUAAAAAUGGAGUCGUUGCAAUAAAAUAUUUAUUUCUUAACUAUUUUAUAAAGGGCGUUGUGUCAGUUUUUUUUUUAAUGGGUGAUAAUGAAAUGGUACCCCGCUUGCGCUAUCGGUAUAUACUGGCAAGGCACCAGUGAGGGAUGAUUGGUGAGGAUGAAGCAGGUCAGUUAGCCCAUUGUGACGAAUUCAACAAGAAUUGUUCACUAGGGGGAACCACGUAGAGAUCGACCCGAUAGAGGGUAUAUUGCUAGCAAUAGGGCUGCUAAACUCCAUUGCUAACAAUCUGUCUCUUAAGUUGAGUCAGUAAAACAGUUUCGCCGUAACCGCUACAGUGGAUUUAAUGUUAGCAUUUUAACGUCGCAAAUAAGGUAAUAACGGAGUGCAAAGGGUUAAGUCUCAUUGGAUAUUCAUGAUUGUUGAGAGAAUUUCUCAAUAUUCUUGUUGAUUUGUAAUACGAUGAGCCCGCUGAUAUUGUUGUUACCUAAUACUAAAUCGACGGGACCCAAAUCACAAAUUGUAUACGGCCUGACAUAACGUGUAGUUACUAUUAGAUGUAAUACGUACAGAGAUGAAAAAAUUGGGUCGGCAACGCGCGCGUAAUACCCCUGGUAUUGCAGGUGUUCAUAGGUUACGGUAACCGCUUACCAUCAGGUGGGCCGUAUGCUUGUUUGCCACCUCAGUGGUAUAAAAAAAAUGAAUAAUAUUGUCCACGUGUGCCGCACGAUGACCCCUGUCCGCCAUUGCAACAAUGUCAGCCGUUGUACGCGUGUAACGCUGUGAUUUUUAUUAAUGUUUUUUUACAAUUAUUUACAAUGCAAUGCAAUCUUCCAUUUUCUGUGAUCUCUAUUCUAUCAACUAUUUUUUUAAAUGUGUGAAUUUGAACGUUUCGUUUUACGAACUCUUAGAAUUUAUUGUGUACAUUUUUUUUUUUAAUUAUAUUUAUAUAUUAUAUAAUAUAAUUAAGCAUUAUUUGAGUCAACGUUUUAAACAGAUGUUGUUAAAGUGUCGACGCUGUGAGAAUUAUGUAUUUGAAAUGUAAUUUCUGUUUGUAUGUGUAAGGGGCCUCUCGUCUGUGCUGGUCGCAUCACAAAUAAUUAUUUUUAUCAAUCAGACGACAGGUCUCUUGAAGCUUUAAUUCCUGUUCUUAGUAUUAUUUUUAUAUUGUUUAUAAUGGCUACUUAAUUUACCAAACAGUUGUUUCUUCGAAAGCCACGCGAAUUAUGAAACGAAUAUGGUAAUGCCAAAAGCUGGGACACAUAUAUCCAAUAGCAAGAUGUAUAAUAUAUUUAUAAUAUUUAAAAAAAUGUUUAACAAUUAAAAAUUAAAUUAAUUGUUAUUAAUUCUAAUCAGAGUUUAUUAAAUUUUACUCUCCAACAAACAUCGAACCUGUGUACUGGAAUUAUUAGCGUAAUAUUCUCAGGUUUGUCGAUGUACAAGUAUCUACUUGCGUGCUGUUUCUGAUAUUAAAAGCUAGAUCAGCAAAAUUUUCCAUAUGUAUAUGUUUUUUUUUUUUUCACAUAUAAUAAGCAAUAAUAUAAAUGUCGCAUCGUGUUUUAACUUGUUGUUUAUGCCAUGAAUGAAAUUUUUAACACAAUUUAUAUUUUUAUAACUAAAAUAAAUUUGAUAUAAAAUGGUAUAAAACAUCGCUUCCGGCGGCGUGCAUGCCCUCAGUAUGGCCACGCUUCACUCGGUUACUUAUAAACUACUAAUUUCUAAUACAGUGCCAAAUAAAUUCAUUAUGAGUAUAAUAUAGGUUUUGUAACUUGAACACGCAUACAUACUGAUAUAUAAUGCUCUUUUAAAUUGUACGUCAUAAUGUGUAUGGAGAUUUUGCUGAAUGCAAAUUGAAAUUGUUUAUACAUUUUAUUUAGUUUGUAUACACAAACGCGUCACAGAUUGUCACUGUCUGUUUAGCGCAUAUAUUUGGACCAAGCCAGCUAGUGUGUAAUAUCCUAUGUAUUUUUAAGAGAAAUUAUAAAUCCUCAAAAUUAUGAAACAGCCUGUAUUUACAUCGUUUAGAGCUAGACUCCAAUCUAAGGGACCUUGAGUUUCCAUUAAAAAAUUAAAAAAAAAAAUACCUCGUUUAGAGCUGAUAUAUUGUUUUAGUCAAUUGUUAUAAAGUCUUUAAUGUGGCCUUCAUUUACUAUAAGCCUCCCAAUAGACCCUAGCUUACAGUCAUACAAUUUGCAGAAAUGAAUGCAAGUGGCAAACAUUACUAAUUAAAUAACAAGUCUACUUUUUGUAAUAUCUGAUCUUUAUAAUCUGUAUCAUUUAAAAAAAAAACAACAAAGAAUUUUUUAUUUAUUCAUUCAUUCAUCCAUUGUCCGUGUUGUAUGUUUUCUUUUCCAUUUAUCUAUAUUUACAAUCAUAUCUCUUUGUUUAUUCUUUAUCCUACACAGACAUAAUAUAGAGAACAUUUUAAUUUUUAAUGUAAUGUACAAAGGCGAGGUUAUCUCUAAUAAGAGAUUUCCAACAAAUCUUUUCAAGUUUUUUUUUUUAUGUUAUUUUAAGGGCUUUUACCUUCUUCAGGUAUAUCAGUCCUAUUGUACCCUGAACUGAUUUCUCAAACAAAACUUUAUCUACUUUCCCUAGACGCGGAAAGAGAAGAAUUAAUAGGCAUAGAUCUUUUCAAGUUAAUUGUUAUUUAUUCACUCUAUUUAAUUUAUUAUAUACACUCCCUUUUCGACCAUUACCAUCUUUCUUCCAUCUUUUAAUGUAGCUGGAACAGCAUUUUCGAAAUAUGACUAUAUUUAUCUUACAUUAUGAAAGUACUUACCUAUUAUGUCAAGCUCUAAACGAAGUGUACGGGCCACUUUAGUACCUAAUCAAGUGUCAAACUAAACAUUAUGAACAUGAAUGUUAAUGGAUAACAAAUAGAUGUUAGCUAUAGUUAGAAUUAACAGACAUAAUAAUAUUAAAAUAUAAAUCUACGAAAUUCGGGUAUUCUCUGUCUCGCGGCUCAUGUCCGCUGUCACAGAUAGGAUAAUAUAAAAAUGAGAUAAUUGUCUCUGGUAUGGCAGGGAAAUGGCGGGAAAAAGUAAUUUAUAUAAUCUGUGUAUACUAUACCUAAUGAAGUGAUUGUUGUGCUUGUAUGUAGGUCUUGCGCUGUGCUGUGCUGUUAUAAUAGAUUUUAUAUACCAUUUUAAUGUUAUCUUUUUAAUUGAAAAGUUAAGGUUCGCGUAAAAAAUAGUACUUUAAAAAAUAACCUUCAAAAAUGUUGCCUCUGACAUCUGUCAAUUAAAAUAUAGGAGAAUCGUUGCCGUCCUUUGCAGUGACAUCACAGAAUGUUUAAUAGUGAUACCGCGAUAUUAAAACACUUUUAUAAUAAAAAUACUGAAAAUUACAUAAUUAUCAAUGAAAGAAUUGAGAAUUGACUUAAGAAAUGUCUUCGUUCGUUGGAAAGAGUUCAAAGACCUCUAUGGGAAUAUGUGUCAGAUUCUUUAUAUAAAACAUAUGUUCCUCUCUCAUUUAAUACAAAUAAAGGUAAUAUUGAAUAACUUCCGAUAUUAAGAUGUUUUUUUAAACUUGGUUAUAGUAUUUAGGAGUAGACAAUCCGCUUGAAAAUGUUCUCAAUUGCAAUGUAUUCUGUCUGUCAGUCAAUAUCCUUUUUCUAAGAAUCGCAUGGAGGUAUCAAGUUGAAUUAAUAUCAAAUAUACAAGACUGCAUUCCUUUGAAACUGUGAAAUCACUAGGUCAACGCAAUCAAAUGAUACGACAGCUUAUAGCUCGGUGACCUAGAAACAAGCCAUUUACUAAGAAGCAAUGUUAUACAGCACAAGUAAAGGGUAAAAUCCAAAAACUGUAAAUUUGUUGUUACAAGUUAUUAAAAAAUAAAGUACAUUUUUUUAUUAUAAUUUACACAAAUCCGACUCGUACUUAGCCAGUUUUUUAUGUGUGCAUUACGUAUUCACACACACAUGGCGUGAAUUUACUGGAUACAGAGGAAUAACACCUGAGUCCUCAGGAAUGGCAACGCAUGGGGGGUAUCAUGGGCGAAACAGUAUACUCUGUUAUGUCCACGGUACUGCUCAUGUCUAUAGGCGACGGUUACCAUUUUCCAUCAGGUGGGCCGUCAGCUUGUUUGCCAUUCUAAGUUGUAUAAAAAAAAACAUGAUAUAUAUUUGCUAGUACUGGUUAUUUUUUGCAAUGAAGUAUCUAUUAUCGAAAUAAAUGUGAUCAUUUAAGGCUAUUUUUUUUAAUGGGUGAUGAGGGUAUGGUAACCCCGUCUGCGCUAUCGGUAUACAUUAGCGGGGCACCAGUGAUAGAUGACUGAUGAGGAUGAAAGCAGAUCAGUUAGCCCAUCCUGACGAAUUCAACUAGAAUUAGCCACGAUGGUUUCCAGGGGGAACCACGUGGAGGUCGACCAGGUAGGGUAUGUUGCUAGUAAUGGGGCUAUUUUUUUUAAGACAAUUACAAACAAACAUGACAGCACAACGCGCGGCCUCGAAUGUUAAUGUUAUAUGGUGAAGAGUUAAUUUUAUGACGAGAUCGAUUUACAAAUUGUGUUACUAUUAAUUAUUUAAAUAAUAAAUGCCGUUUUUAAUAUA